AUGGGUGUCAACGGUCUUUGGACGGUCGUGCAACCUUGCGCCCGGCCCACAAAUCUCGCCACUCUCAAUCGCAAGCGACUUGCCGUGGAUGCUUCUAUCUGGAUUUACCAGUUCCUCAAAGCUGUGCGCGAUAAGGAGGGCAACGCCCUGCGCAACAGCCACGUCGUCGGUUUCUUCCGGAGGAUAUGCAAGCUCCUAUGGUUCGGCAUCAAACCUGUCUUCGUAUUCGACGGUGGGGCUCCUGCCUUGAAGCGCGCUACCCUGCAAGGCCGGCGUAGGCGCAGGGAGGGCAGACGCGAAGAUGCGGUGCGCACGGCGGGGAAACUGCUUGCUGUGCAGAUGCAGAGGAUCGCACAGGAGGAAGAGGAGAAGCGCAAGGAGAGCCAGAGGCAAAGGGAUGCUAGCCCUCAGGAUGGGGUGGCACCCGGCGAGGAGCUUCCCGACAUGGAAAACAUGGUGUACGCCGACGAGGCCUUUCAGCCGCAGGAGGAACGCAAAAAGGAGAGAAAAUUCUUCAGGCAGGAUCAGUACCACCUACCGGAACUGGGGACCAGCAUCGAAAAAAUGGGAAAGCCAGAGGACCCCCGUAUCAUGAGCGUGGAGGAGCUGGAGGACUACGCGAGACAGUUCCACAACGGUGAGGAUGUCAACUUGUACGACUUCAGCAAGAUCGAUUUUGAUGGCGACUUCUUCAAGAGUCUGCCACCCGCAGACCGGUACAAUAUCCUCAAUGCGGCGAGGUUGCGGAGUCGGCUCAGGAUGGGACUGAGUAAAGAGCAGCUAGGCAUCAUGUUUCCAAAUCGCAUGGACUUCUCGAGGUUCCAGAUCGAGCGCGUCCAGGAGCGGAAUCGUCUGACGCAGAGACUCAUGUUCGAAAUGAAUAUGGGGGGUGACUUGACAGUCACCGGUGGCGGACGAGUUGCUGGAGAGAGGAACCGGGAGUAUAUCCUCGUGAGGAACGAGAAUGCGGAUGGUGGCUGGGCACUGGGUGUUGUCAGCACUGAGAAAGACUUGGGCGAAGCCCACAAACCGAUUGACGUUGACAAGUUGCACUUCAAGUUCGAAGCCAAGGACGAAGAUGCAGAUGAAAGCGAGGACGACGACUUUGAGGAUGUGCCUAUAGAAGGCUUAAAUCGUCUACCGAAGGUCAAAAGCCACAAAGUGGGUUUCCAAGAUGAAGAUCAGAACGUGGAGUCGCUAUUCGGGGACGAAUACGAAGGCAACAAUGAUCUAUUCGUGGCUCAAGAAAACGAGGAUGAACUAGUGGCAGAUGAAGAUGAAGACGUUGCACGAGCAAUUGAGAUGUCCCUUCGAAACCAACAUGGUACCGACAAAGAGGCGGAAGAGGCGCAAGAAGACGUAUUCGAGGACGUGCAGAUCCCUGACUGGAAGCAAAAAGCAGUGGAAACGCCAAAACCAAUUGCGUCCACAAGCGGUAGCAUGGUUGCCCAUAUCAUCAACAACCGGGCAAAUGCAGCUGUCGCAAAGAGGAAGCAAAGUGAGGACAGUGAUAGUGAGGAAGACCUGCAAUCGGCGUUGAGGGCUGCAAGGAAGAAGAAGGCCGCAGUGAAACCAAAAUCAAUGGAAACGGUCCGACCCAACGUCAAGAAUCCUUUCGAUGGGCCUUUACCUUUUGAGAAGCUGAAUUGGAGGACCUCCUUAUUUGAAAAGAAGCCGAAACCCGUGUCCGCGCCCAAACCAGAAGAAAGCAUCAAAGACAUCUUCGAGUCGGAGGGUGGCUUUCAAAUCGAAUUGCCUGAGGAGAGAUCGAGUGACAAGGCUCGGCCGGCUGGCCCGAAAGAACCAGAUCCUCCCGAGGACGAUGACUUUGAGGGUGGAUUCGAGAAAGAAGCCGGCGGAGAGAAAGCACCGCAACCGUUACCUCCGUGGAUGAUCAAUGACGAAUCGGAUAUCCGGGAGAAAAUGCAGAAGCAGCGACUUAUCGAGACCGAGGUGAAUGAGGAGGACCAGCGAUUAGCUGAGGAGGAGGAGCGUCUCCGAAUGAAGCGACGGAACGAGGUUGUCGAGAUUGAAUCAUCUGAUGACGAUGAUGAUGACAUUGAAAUUGUCGAUGCUCCUCCAGUAAAGUCUGCUUCACUUGGGAGUUCAGACGCGAACGAAGCCCCGAAUGCACAUACAGGUUUCACAGUCACGUUGCCACCGCCUUCGAAGGAUUCUGAAGAUCCAACAAAAACAAGUCCGGAAGCAGUGUCAAGAGAUGUAAUCAGUCAAAACAGCGAGGGCGAGGGCCUUCAUGAGGACCAGACGGAGACACCUCUUUCUCUGUCAUCUGAGAUGGAAUUCGAAAAUAUCGAUUUGCCACAAGACAGCCCCCCAGCAGCAUCCUCUCCGCAACAAGAGCAGCAGGGAGAUGCUGCCGAGGAUAUGAUAUUUGAGGAUGUUGAGCUGCCGCAAGAGCAACCCAAGAUUACCGAGGCGUCAUUAACAGCUGAACAGCCAGCUCAGAUCGAAGAACUUGGCUUUGGGGAAGUCACGCCUCCAACACCUCCGAUUGCUCAGCAGGAAAGAGUCGAAGGAAUCGCGCCAAUUGUUGACCCGGCUGCAGCAGACGAUGAUGGCCUAUUCUCGGAUGGCGAGUACGAGGAGUUCAGCGAUCCCGAGGAAGAACAGCUCCUGGCGCAGAUGGCUGAGGAGGCCGAAGAACAUGCUCGAUUCGCAAGUCAGCUGAACAACAAGCCAGCUUACCAGAACCAGGAAGACUACGAGCGGGAGCUACGGGCGUUAAGAAACCAGCAGAAGAAAGAUAGGCGUGACGCUGACGAGGUGACACAAAUCAUGGUGACCGAGUGUCAGGCCCUGCUGCGCUUGUUUGGCAUCCCGUAUAUCACAGCCCCGAUGGAAGCUGAAGCUCAGUGCGCCGAGCUGGUACACCUCGGACUCGUCGAUGGUAUUGUCACUGACGACUCCGACAUUUUCCUGUUCGGUGGCACGAGGAUCUACAAAAACAUGUUCAACAGCAACAAGUUUGUCGAGUGCUACCUGUCUGACGAUCUUGAGAAGGAGCUCUCCCUAUCCCGUGACCAGCUCAUCUCGAUAGCUCACCUCCUAGGAUCCGACUACACUGAAGGCCUCCCGGGAAUCGGCCCUGUCACGGCCGUGGAGAUCCUCUCAGAAUUUCCAGGGAGGGAAGGCCUGACUGCGUUCAAGGAAUGGUGGACUGAGGUGCAGCAGGACCUCAACCGGCCUAAGGAAGCUGACGCACAAUCUGCGUUCCGGAAGAAGUUCCGCAAGAGCCAGGCCACCAAGCUCUUCCUGCCCCCGAGCUUUCCCAGCCCGCCUGUCUACGACGCCUACCUGCAGCCUGAGGUUGACAAGAACCCGGAGUCAUUCCAAUGGGGGGCGCCGGACCUGGAGGGGUUGCGGCGGUUCCUGAUGGCGACGAUCGGGUGGAGCCCAGAGCGGACGGACGAGGUGCUCGUGCCGGUGAUCAGAGAUCUGAACCGCAGGGAUAUGGAAGGCACACAGAGCAACAUCACGAGGUACUUCGAGGGAAGUGUGGGCGUUGGUGCCAAGGAGGCCUUUGCGCCUAGGCAAAGACAAGCAGGGAGUAAGAGAAUGGCCGCAGCGGUGAAUAGGCUGCGAGCCAACGCUGGAGUUGCUGGGACAGAGGCAGACAACUCCGGUGAGGGCACAUCGGCCACUCAGGGAUCUGAAAAGAAUUCUUCGAGGAGCAGCGGCGCAAAGACACGAAAACGCAAGGCUCGUGCCACGGCUGUUGUUGAGAGCGACGGCGACGAUGACGCGGAUGAUAAUGAUCGUGAUGAGGAGUUUGUUGACGAUGACAGGCAAGUGACAAAUGGCAAGGCUGGCACGCGGAACAGAGGACGGGGAAAAGGAAAAGGGAAAAAGGCAAAGACCUAG